GAAGGUAGUCGACGAGUUUUUUAGUGUGACAGUGUUGUUUGGAGCGAGAAGUGUUUUUGCUGAUAAAGCGCGCCCCGUUUCGCCCCCUUUUUUUCGAGUUCUUCGUGAAUCAUGAUGUGCCCCCGUGUUGUCCAACAUCCUUGUGCAUGUGAGCAUUGUGCAAAAGAGCGCCCCACCCGUGCAAGCACCUAAUUUUGUGAUUUGAAAGAAUUUGUGACCACUUUUGGGAGCUUCUGUGCGUUUUCUCUUCUCGUCGUGUGCGAUUAGUGUUGGUCUUUUCUGGUUUUUCUUAAAAAGUGAUUGUGAGACCGAGAGAAAAGCGCGGCGGGACGGAAGCAGCGAGCUAUUGACACAAUUUCUUAGCAAAUCCGAGGUCACUCAAGUGCGUGCCUUCUGCGCAUCUCACGGGAGAUUCGGGGAGUGGGUGGCCUCGGGAAGCUGCAACGCGAUGACUCACGGCGUCCCACUUGCAACGGUGCGCGUCAAGUGAAGAUAGGGAAGAAAUGGACGAGCAGGACCUUCUUAAGACGGUCGAAUCCGUCCUCGGCAAGAAUUGCGUGAUUGUUGACUGCGAAACAACAUCCACAGUGCGUGAGGAGGAAGUGUUGACCAUCAAUGGGGUACCAGUGCGAUUGGAUGGAAAUGAGCAGGAUGCCAUAAAGACUGCUUUGAGUUCGGGACAAGUUCCACCGUGUGAGCUGCUCAAUCAAAUUCUCUACCAGGCAGGUAUCUUACGGCAGCCAGUACGGUUGGAAACAUCCCUGAGUAUCAAGUCUUCAAUUGUUCAUACGGAGGAGGUCAGCGUGGCGCGUGAUGGACGUAUCCUGGAUGAGAGGGUGCGGGAAAAGAAGGAGAAUAACUGCUACACUAGUUCGUGUACGGAGAUCUGGGAACCCGUUGGGUCACGCAGACAACCGGCGAAGGUGACACAGAAACUCGGUGAUACACCUUCAAGUAGUGGAUGCAGCAUCCCACCCGCAUCAUCGUGUAAACUCACUGCAGAUGGACGGAGCACCACUUCGGCCGGGACUAUUAGCAACUCCGAUUCUGGACAUCAUGGGAAUACCUCAAGGACAACAAUAAGGACUCCUUCAUCCUCCUGCUACGAUGACUUCUCCUCAGCCACCGAAGAGACUCCGAAUUUCAUCAAAGCACCACCUCAGGUAUCAGUGGACCAACAUCAGGACAAUCAGGAAGAUUUGGCGCCAAAUAGUGUUCUCGUCUAUCGGGAUGGGAUACUCGUGGCGGCCCCAUUGGAGGCACUCAUUCAGCACAUGGUACCCACGUCGGAUUACUACCCGGAGCAGAAGUUCCUCUUUGCCUUCCUCUUGAGCGGUCGUCUAUUUCUCAAGCCAGUUGAUUUGCUGGCAAAAGUGUGCCAUUUGGGUGAUUUGGAGCAGAAGAAGCUUCAGCUGGAGGGACGGGCCAGGGAUGAUGGGAAGUUGACAUGUGUUGUGCGGAAUUUUGUGCAACUCAUCGCGGAGUGGGUGGAAACGUUCCCGUACGAUUUCCGGGAUGAGCAAAUGAUGAUGAUGAUGAAGCAAGUUACGCAGAAGUGUAUCGCAUGCGAUCCACGACUACGGCGGGAUGUGGCGAAUUUGCUGCAAACCCUCGUGGGGCGCCUCACAAAGUUGGAGCGCUAUGAGGAAUUCCUCGAGCGCCUGGGGCAGCAGGAAUUGAGUCAGACCACCGAUCUACAGCAACACAGUACAACACCCAGCGAAAUGUGCCAAUUGGUGCAGGAUGUCACGGACAUUUGCCCAAAUCCAACAAUUCUAGCCUACCAACUCACCCACAUCGAACUCGAACGGCUAUCCUACAUUGGGCCCGAGGAAUUCGUUCAGGCAUUCAGCAAGGAGAACCCACCGAAUCUCAUGGGAUCCGAUGGUUCGGGCACAUCGCACCAUUCGGCCCACAUGCCAAGCGGAAGUGGUGCUGGGGAUGUCAAGAAGACGCGCAAUCUUGAAUCCUACGUACAGUGGUUCAACAGGCUAAGCUACAUGGUGGCAACAUCCAUUGUCAGACAUGGUAAGAAGAAACAGCGCGUCCGGUUGAUGGAAUACUGGAUUGAGGCGGCACGCGAAUGCUUCAACAUUGGCAACUUUAACAGUUUAAUGGCAAUUGUGGCGGGCCUAAAUAUGUCACCGAUUGCAAGACUGAAGAAAACAUGGGCCAAGGUUCAAUCGGCCAAAUUCUCCAUUUUGGAGCAUCAAAUGGAUCCGAGUAGCAAUUUUAGUAGCUACCGAUCGACGCUCAAGGCGGCUGUGUGGCGAUCAUCGGGCGCCACGGAUGAGAGGCAGCGUAUUGUAAUUCCCUUCUUCAGUUUACUAGUCAAAGAUCUGUACUUCCUCAAUCAAGGAUGCUCAAAUCGCCUCCCGAAUGGUCAGAUCAACUUUGAGAAAUUCUGGCAGCUGGCAAAGCAAGUGACGGAGUUUGUUUCGUGGAAGCAGGUCCGGUGUCCAUUUGAGAGGCAUGCAAAUAUCAUAAAAUUCCUCCAGAUGAGUCCAAUUCUCACGGAAAAUACUCUCUCAAUGGUUUCCUUUGAAUUGGAACAGCCCGAAAAUAAUCACGAUAAAGAGCGAUAUAAAACACUCAAAAGUGAACACAACAACCACUAAAAAGGAAAGAAAAUUGAAACUUAUGAUGACCUCCAAUGGAGGAAUUUUCCUUUAUACUUUCUUUUCUUUUAAGAACGAAAAAAAAAACUUUUUUAAGGCAAAAGAUGAAAAUGAAAAAAUUCAGACGAGAGGAAUGAAUGUUUGAGUUCAUUUAUGUAUGCAUUGCAAGCACUACACAACUCGAUACUUACAGUAUCACUAUAUUUUCUACAUAAUACAAUGUAAUUUUUUAUAAGAAGAAACAAAACAAUUUAAUAUAUUUAAAUUUUUUAAAUUUUAAGGAAAAAUCUUAUAUAAGAAUUUGUACAAAGUAUGUCUGUGACGUAAUGGCGCACCGUUUUUUUUUUUAAGAAUUACUACAAAAUAAUUUUUCAAAAUAUUGUACAAGAAAUCUCAAUUUUUCUCGCUUUUUAUUAAAAAAAAAAAACAAUUAUUCAUAGAGAGAGUGGCGAGAGGAAAAGAAGGCAAGGAACGUUAAAAAAAAACUUAAAGAAUCUUUUAUUUUUCCCUUUUAAAUGGCACUAAAGUAGAUAAAUAUAAAUAGGAUACAUAUCAUUGUAUUUUCUCAUCAUUCCGCAAGAAAAAAAACUUUUCUUCACUUAAAAAGGAUAUUUUUUAAUGAAGAAUUCGCCUAAUGAAAAACAUAGCAAAGUGAAAUCUGUCUCGAAAUAUUGAUACAAAAAAACAAGAAUAAAUAAAUAAAAAAAAAGAAGUAAAAAAGCAGUAUUAGACGAGGUGGGAGGUAAUAUUGUAUGAUUUAUAGAUAAAAGCUGGCUUAAAUUUGUAGAUGAUAGCAAAGAGAGAUAUUGUAGCACUUAUGGGAUGUAAUUAUUUGGUAGGACGCAAAGGUAUAAGAAGGUGAGAAAAGAUGGAAAUAAAGCAUUUAAAUGAA